CAACAACAACACACUUGAAGCGGCAGGACUCGGACCAGGACCAGGACCAGCACCAGGGACCAGGACCCGGAGCAGGAGCAGGAGUCCGAGCCUCUGCUGUCAGCGGCAUCCCCUCAGUGCCCCCCCGCCGGCUCUGGGUCAGAGAGGACGAUGCCGCGGAGCGGCGGCCGGGGAUGUAACUGACAGCUGGGAGACAAUGGCCCUCGACGUGCGCAAGUUUCCCCCCGUGCGGAUGGAGCCCCAGUGAGACGACCGACCAGCAGAUGCAUUUCAAAUGGGGACGGAUAUGUGUGUGAGUUGUUGCUGGUGAAGUGAACUCCGCUGGAGCAGCCAUAGCUGUGAUUCCUGUAAUUCUUUGGAGCAUCGCCUGAGAGGCCAAGUAGAACUGGGAAGGAAAACACUGAACCAUGUUGCUCUGAAUUGUCACCUGUGGCGAACGGGGGAGGAGGAAGAGGUGGAGGAGAAGGAGGAGGAGGAGGCGGAGAAGGAGGAAGAGGCGGAGAGACGGAGAACCACGAAAGCUCUGAGCAUAGGUGGCACCUUGCAAGUGGGAAGCGAUGGGAAAUACAGCGACGAAAUUCCGCAAGUCCCUGGUCAGUGGCGACGAGGCUCUCUCCUGGCAGCUGUAUGAGGGCAACCCUCAGUUCAGGGACAGCCUGGACCCAAAUGCAUCAUAUGGAGAGCAGUACCAGCACAACACGCCCAUGCACUAUGUAUGCCGCCAUGCCAUGACACGUCUACUCAGGUCGUUCCUGUUUAGCAAAGAGGGGAACCCCAACAAGAGAAAUGUGCACAACGAGACGUGCCUCCACGUGCUGUGCCAAGGCCCGCAGAUCCUGCUGCUGCCGGACGGAGCCCUUUCACCGCGACUGGCUCGCCCGCAGAGGGACGAGCAGCGUCGCUCGGACUGCCUGCAGAUGAUCCUGAGCUGGACUGGGGCCAGACUGGAAGGAGGCCAGUACGAGAAGGCCAAUGUCAACGCCACUGACAACCACCACAGCACCUGUAUGCACUACGCUGCUGCUGCAGGAAUGAAGAGCUGCGUGGAGCUGCUCAUCCAGAGCGAGGCGGAUCUCUUCGUCGAGGACGAGGACAAGUUGACGCCGUGCGACCACGCUGAGCGCCACCACCACACCGAGCUGGCUCUCAGCCUGGAGUCGCAGAUGGUUUUCUCCUCCGCCUCAGCUCAGCAGUCGAAUGCAGACGCGCACGCCGAAAGCAGCCUGCUGCAAUACAAGGAGCCUUAUGAGGGACUGAAGCUCCAGGAUUUGCGCAGGUUGAAGGACAUGUUAAUUGUAGAGACGGCGGACAUGCUGCAAGCCCCCCUCUUCACUGCUGAGGCCCUGCUUCGAGCACAUGACUGGGAUAGAGAAAAGCUGCUGGAAGCCUGGAUGUCUGACGCCGAGGGCUGUUGCCAGCGCUCUGGGGUUGCCAUGCCAACCCCUCCGCCCAGCGGUUACAACGCCUGGGACACUCUGCCAUCUCCACGCACUCCCAGGACCCCACGCUCUCCCCUAACACUCACCCUCACUUCCCCCACCGACAGCUGCCUCACACCCGGAGAGGAGGGCAUGGCCACGUGUGGAAUCUGUCUCUGCUCUAUCUCCGUCUUUGAGGACCCGGUGGACAUGUCCUGUGGCCACGAGUUCUGCAGAUCCUGCUGGGAGGGGUUCCUCAAUGUAAAGAUUCAGGAAGGUGAUGCUCAUAAUAUCUUCUGCCCGGCGUAUGAGUGCUACCAGCUGGUACCCGUGCAUGUGAUAGAGAGUGUUGUUUCUCGGGAGAUGGAUCAGCGAUAUCUGCAGUUUGAUAUCAAGGCGUUUGUGGAGAACAAUCCAGCGAUCCGCUGGUGUCCUGUAGCUCGUUGCGAGCGAGCGGUGAGGCUCACCCGGCCGCGCCCUGGGGAUAAUGAUCCUCACAGCUUCCCCCUGCUCCCCUCUCCAGCUGUCGAUUGUGGCAAAGGUCAUCUCUUCUGCUGGGAGUGCCUUGGCGAGGCCCACGAACCAUGUGAUUGUCAGAUGUGGAGGAAUUGGCUCCAGAAAGUCACAGAGAUGAAGCCUGAGGAAUUGGCAGGUGUGAGCGAGGCGUAUGAGGAUGCUGCUAACUGUCUGUGGUUGCUGACAAACUCCAAACCGUGUGCCAACUGCAAGUCGCCCAUUCAGAAGAAUGAGGGCUGCAACCACAUGCAGUGUGCCAAGUGUAAAUACGACUUUUGUUGGAUCUGUCUGGAAGAGUGGAAGAAGCACAGCUCAUCCACCGGAGGCUACUACCGCUGUACUCGCUAUGAGGUCAUACAGCAGCUAGAAGAGCAGUCCAAAGAGAUGACUGUUGAGGCAGAAAAGAAGCACAAAAGUUUUCAGGAGCUGGACCGUUUCAUGCACUACUAUACUCGCUUCAAGAACCACGAACACAGUUACAAGUUGGAGCAGAAGCUGCUCAAAACUGCUAAAGAGAAGAUGGAGCAGUUGAGCAGAGCCUUCAUCACUCGUAAGUGUCUUCCAGUGAAGCCGCGCCUUCUCCAGGUCGCAAAGCAUCAGCUGCGCGUGCUUUGUGCUGCAGGUGAGGGCACUCCUCCAGACACGCGUUUCAUCGAGGACGGUGUGACCGAGCUGCUGAAGACGCGGCGCCUGCUGAAGUGCUCUUACCCAUACGGCUUCUUCCUGCAGCACGGCAGCACCCAGAAGGAAAUAUUCGAGCUCAUGCAGACCGACCUGGAGAUGGUGGUGGAGGAUCUGGCCCAGAAGGUCAACCGGCCGUACCUGAGGACGCCGUGCCACAGGAUUAUCAGCGCAGCGCGUCUGGUGCAGCAGAAGAGGCAAGAAUUCCUGGCAUCAGUGGCCCGUGGCGUCGCUCCCAACGACUCUCCUGAGCUUCCCCGCAGGAAUUUCCCUGGAGGUUCGUGGGAUUGGGAGUAUCUCGGCUUCGCCUCUCCUGAGAUGGGAAUCCACCACUCAGUACUGGGAUCAGGAGAUCAGAGAGACGGCCAGUCGCAGGAUUAUGCUGACAUCCAGUACCGUCGUAGACACAGGCCAAGACGCAGAGGAGACAUGCUGAGUUUGCACAACCUCCGGAGCAGCAGCAACACGCCAGAGACCAGCAGGAGAAGUGACAACACAGAGGGCACAGAAAGGAUGGGUGAGGGUCGUAGGAGAACGCGGGGCUCCCUGGACGAGGACGACCCAAACAUCCUCCUGGCCAUACAGCUGUCGCUCCAGGAGUCGCGCAGAGAGCGAGGCCUGGAAGGAGGAGUGGAGCUGGAGCACGGGCUGGACCGAGGACCGGAGAGGAGGCCGGUUCCUGCAGGAGAUCAGGCCGACGCAGCUCUGCAGGCUCUAAACGCAGAUGGUCCUUCAAUGGCCAGAGGCUCCCCCUUCCUGAAUGCGCUCCUAGAUCCUCCUCGGCCCCCAAACAGGACAGACUCCACCUCGCAGCCACCCAUAUCCAACUCCCUCCCUCUUCCUCCGCCUCCCCCCUCCCUCAGCGCGGAGCUGCUGGAGCUGGGAGACAGCCUUAUGAAACUGGGGAACAUCACCACUCCUUACGACCUGGACACACACACGCAGGAGCAGCUUCGGUCACACCUCACGUACAACCACAGCGGGCUGACCUCUCCCUACACCACUGAACCCCCUUACACCGACCGCAGCCAUAGACAAGACCAGAACGCUCUGACCACCCCGUCUGUGCUGGAGCACAUCGCCGGCACGGAUCCUCUUUACGACGAUAAAGAGCAGAGCUACUGCCACACCACUCCUUACUUACCCGAACACGCCGAACACGCCGCACCCUACGCACUUGAAUGCACUCAAAACCCCGCUCAGCUGAGGUCGUAUAACCAGGAACCUGCAGCCACGUAUGACAGCACCCCGAAAUCAGACAGCUCUUACAGCCCCUGCCCAGAGCACAGUAGCCCGUACACCGCCGAGCACCCCGCCACCUACACUCUGGAACAACCACGUAGAUCGGACUCCCAACCGCCUGUCCAGUUGUGCCUCCCGUCUCCGGAGCUCGAGCCGGAGAUGCUUCUGUCGCCGGUGAUUCCACCGGGGGGCCCUUUCACCCCUAGCGACCCUCAGAGUUUGGAGCCUUUGGACGCUACGGCCAGCGCGCAGCUGCUGGACAACAUCAUGGCCUGGUUUAACAACAACAUAAACCCUCAGAACAACCCGCAGAGCCUGGCUCUCAUCCCCUCCCCUCCCACCACGGAGUCUGACUCCUCCCCCGACACGCACCCCGAGACCGAGGCCGGCGACCGAACCUCUCGGGACGCGACGCCCGUCCCGAUAUGGCAGCCCCUGGAGGGCGAGCCCGAAGCAGAGCGGGGAUCGGCGAGCUUCCCGCUAGGCGCCGUGGGCGCGAGCGGCCCCAAGGCGUCGAGGCCCAGCUCUCUGGAGCUGGAGCACAGGGACGCCGGAGAAGAGGCUAUGAUGGCCGGGUGUGUGGCUGGCCUGUCGCUGGACGAAGCGCACACACACCCGUGCCCCCAAUGUGGAAACAGUCCCACACACACCGCCCCGGACACAGAGACAGUGUUGGACGCCGUCCUUCAUUUAGAGGGGCGUCGGCCUCCCGAGGAGUGGGAGGAGCAAGAACACUUGGUGUGACGGCGACGAAACGUGUAGAAAAGAAGUACAGGGAAAAGAAAAUGAGCAACCAUUAGUGUGAGGGUUGAGCGUUUACUGUAUGUAUCAUACUGUAUCUAAAGAGGACUGUGGACUUCGUCCAGUAAAGAUGAUGUCAUGCAGUUUAAUUAUUUUUAAGUGCUUUCAGUCUGCUGUACAGACAGACACUUUAUUCUUUAAGACAGAGUACAUCAAAGGAAAGCUACUGAUAUCAUGACACGUAAAAUGAUCCAUGGUAUUGUUUUCCUUUUUCUUCUUGUUUUUAUUUAUUCCCUUGCCAUUAAUAUUUGACUUCUGAGUUUAUUCAGGGUGAGGUUUUGGUGCUGAAAUCCAAACUUGCCUCAUAAAAACCUUCGAUUUAACACAGUGACCCAACAACAAGCCCGUUCAGAGCUCCUAGAGCCAAACCAGACGACCGCUGUCCCCUCUGGUCCCGUUUAGCGUGCCGUACAAUCACAUUAAUUCUGCUCAUUCUGAUGCUGGACCUUUGUGCACAUUGUGCCUGUCUUUUUUUGUUUUGUUUUUUGUUUUUCAGUGCCAAAACUCUCGCUCGCUCUUCUUAGCAGGCUGUAAAGAAACAUGGUGCAUCUGUGUUAAGUGUUUCCGCUCUGCACCGGAGCAUUAAAGGUCUCAGCUAGAGUAGUAAAAGGGAAGUGGGUGCCAUGCUCAAAGGCACUCCAGUAGAAUUGGUUCUUGUUUUCAAGGGAUCAGAACCGGGGUUUACUUUAUAUUUCUUUCUGUUGCUCACCGCGCCACCUGCUGUGCUUUACAGGAUGGUUAGUUUGUAGCGCAGUGUUGUUUUUAAUCUGCAAAUCUCUUAACUCAGUUUUUUUUUCCAACCAAAAUGUCACAUCACGUGCAAAAUGGAAACAGAUUAGUAAUUCAGAAUAUAAUCCUGUUUUAAUGUAUUCAUCUCUUCAGUUUUGAUGAAUGUGACAUCAUGAUGUCCAACGCUAAUCAAACCACUCAUGUAUGCAGUAGCCUCCUAAAAUUUACAAAGAUUGUACAAAUAGCUUGUGCAAUUAAAUCGAUUUAGUGGUAAGAAAAAUGAAAAUACAGUAUGCUGCAUCACUGAAAGUAGAAGCCAGUCAGCUACAACUUUAAAACCUGCAGUGCAAUCCUUUAUUACGUGUGUGCAGUAUGUGUGACUGUUUGGAUUAAUGAUUAAGAGUUUUGCACAUGAAGCAAAAAAACAAAAAAAAACACUGUAAAUUAAAGCAAAUUAUGGUUGUGCAACUGCGGCGCGUCGUAUCUGCUCCGCUGCCCAUGGCUGGUACGGGGAGCUGUUAUUGAUGGGAUGUGGGUUGGGUAUUUACAGUAAUUUAUCCUUUAUACUACUUAUUAUAAAGAUGACUUUCUUUCAAGUUGAGAUUAGAGUCAUUGAUCCGUGUGCCUUUUUGUUUUGAUCAUAUUUGUUUAUAUUUAUUGUAGACAUUACUUUUUAAUCAUGCUCAGUAAAGUUGCUAUUGAAAGAUAAUGAACACACUACAUAAAGAAUUUAUCCUAAUGUGAUUGGUUUAUAUUAUUUUAAAUUAGCCACGCAGUCAAAGUUUCAGUAGGGGUUUUAUUUUUGGGCCUUUUUUUUUUGGCUGAAUCUGAAGCUGUUUUGAGAAUAUCUGACCACAACAAACAACCACUUCAUCCUUUAAUUUCAAAAGGCUCUUGACGUGCGAAUCCUCGACUGUCAUUCAGCCUCGGCCUUUUAAUGAUCAUGCCCAGUUAUAAUGUUUACAGGGGAAUUAAACACUGCCUGCUGUGGUGAGAAGUGAUUUGGUGCUUUGGCCAAUAAAAUCUGAAUAAAUGGAGUGUUUUAAUCAAACUUUCACGGCUUGACAUCACGUUUAAGUGCAAGUUCUGGUUCAGUUUAAAUUUUUCCCUCCGGUAUGUGUCACCAAUGAUCGUUUUGAGUUUUUGUGAGAUUGGAAGUGACGAACCCUGAAAAGACACCUUUACCUCUGCGUAUUAAACGUUUAACUGUGAAGGUGCUGAACGGGCGGGGUUCAUCCGCUGUAACAUUUCAAGUCCACUGAGUUGGGAGGACGCCUGGUUCCAGACUUCGUCCUCUGAGGCAUCAGAUGAUUUACAGAACUGCACACUUGAUUUCCUUUUUUUGUUUUGUUUUUUCAUUUUUUUUUGCAUACAUAGUGUGACUGUGGAAACACUGACUCUGGAGUCUUUAUUUUGCACAAUCAUGUUGUUAAUUAACUGCACUAACUCAGUGCUGGCAGGCAAAAUGUGGAGGAAUGGUUCUUUAAUUUAUUUCCUUUUUUUUUCUCUUUUUUUUUUAAUCCUUUUUAUUUAAAAGUGGACUGAUGGUGCCAAAUGAAUGGGCUCCUGGUGUGUUGUGCUCUACACAUAAUGUUUGAUUUAAUGCUCCCUCAUCCAACACCUUCAGAACUGUACAAAAAAGAAAAAGCAAAUUGCACUCUCAUUGAUUAUACUUGAUACAUUCCCAGCCGGUCUCAAGAAAGGUUUGAUGUGUGGCCAAAUCUCUAAAUGACGAUAUCAGUGCAAAGUUUACCCCCAAUAAAAAGAACUGAAAGUGUG